GUACAUCGCUGACGCUUUCUUGAGGGCUGAACUUUGCCCACACCCUCCACAUACACUUCCAGCACUCGUUAACGCCAAAUCCUCCUGGUUGUGUGACAUCUCCCCGCGGAGGCGUGCCCAUGCCGCUCAAAUACAGCGCUGCAGACGCGCGCCUGACUCAUUGGGUUUGUCAAAGCGCACAGUGAGGUAAGCGGAGCCGCGUUGCCCACGCCGAAGAGAACAUGCGAUUGUCUCCGACCGUUUCCACUGCCGACAUCGAGAAACAGCGCGUUCGUCUAAGCGUACGGUGAAGCGCAUUUGCCGAUGUAGGUGAGAAAAGUUUUACUGGGUGAUAAAAGCUACGACGGUUUGGACAUCUUUCCACUGCGCUGUUUGUGGAGGACGCAUGAUUUACCUGUGCCGGACCAAAAGCGAAGAUUGCAUGAAAGAUCUCAAGGCUGUACUGAGCUGCGCCACACUGGGAGGCUUACUGGAUAAGCAGAAGAAGCAUCCCUGUGACUGCAAAAAAGUGUCUCCGCUUCUGUCUACUCCCACAAUGGCCCUGGCCUCCUUCCAUCUGAUGCAAACUCUAAAGAACUCUCCGGCGGCUCUGCGUCGACGAUUCCGUCGCGACCGAACGGAGAGCCUGUCUCACGGCGAUCCCCUCUUCAAGGUGCACUACCUCGGCACCAAGAAGAUCUUCUCCUUGGACUUGGAGCAAGCGGAGGAUGCCAUCGACCGACUCCUAGAUGGAGUCCCUGGAAAACUUUCUAAAGAUCACGCCCUAGUAGUGCGACCCCGAUACGUCGAGGUUAAAGAACUGAGCACUGGAAGGCAGCUCACCAAGACCUACUUGCAGGAUAUCGCGUACUGCGCCUCGCACACUGCCAGACCCAAUGUGUUUCUGUACAUCUGCAGGCAGCCCGGUCAGCAGCUGCAAUGCAGAGUAUUCUGGUGCAGUCGGGCAGAAAGGGCGAAGGACAUGACAGCCUGCUUGGCGAUGUCGUUUCAGCGGGCGCUAAAUGACUGGCAAGGUGGAUGUGCCACAUUGCCGCAAGUGGAAGGGAUCACUAAAGAGCCAGAGAUUUCUGGUACGCCCACUGCAACAAAGGGGUCAACACUGCCAGCUAGUCUGGGAAAAGUCCGUUGGAAGAAGAGAGGGUCGGUGUCCCGCAGUCCUCUCCGUGCCAUUUCCAGAAGAGGUUCUGCCAGUGACAACUGGCACUGAUGGUCCCUGUCCCACCCUGAACCUUGACCACAUUAAUUUUGUGAUGCUUGGGAUUUUCCAGCAUGGAAUGUGAGGAAAAGGACAACCACACUUACAACUGGUGGAACUUUUGCCACUCAAGUUCAGAGUCUGUAUUCUAAACAGACACUGCAUUUGAGUUUACUGAUUUACCAAAGUGAUAAAAUGGUUUAGAAAAUGUAUGGCUUUAGUCAUGCUGGUUGAAAUUUCAUCUCAGUUUGCUUAUGGACUAUGAGACGCCACCAAAAGUUCUCACCUGAGCUGAACUGGUGUCUAGUUUUAAAGCCUUGUAUGUAUUACAGAGUUGAGUUUUUCAAGUCAGUCUCCUCCUGUGUGUACACUACAUGUCUGGGUAGUGAUGAGCAGUCCGACAGGCUUUGUUUGUAAUAGGUGUCAGGUGAGAAUCUAUGUGGGAAGUGGGUGGAUGCAUGAUGGUAAACAGCAACUGGACCAGGACAUAUAACUAAGCGCUUUACAAAAGUGUUUCUACCCCAAAUGCACAAAGGAAGCAAUGCUUUUAUAUGCUGUAAAUGGCCGGUUUAUUCAGUUUUAUUCUAAACUACUGUAUGCUUUCUCCUGCUUUUUUUUUGUUGUUUUUUAGAUGGCCAAAACCUCCACACAUUAUUACCAAUGAUUGAAUUAUUACACUCUCAAUUGGACAAUCAUGUAUUUUUACAUACUGCAUAAUUGUAUAGUGGCUUGACAAUCAGGUUGUAAUUUGGCUUUUUGGUACUGAGAUUCUUGUUCUUGGUUGUCUAUCAUAGCCAUAUCGUGCUUUGCCCAGUUCUACCUCAGUUUGCCAUUUUUAUUCAGCUUUGAACUUAAAGCGUAGAAUGUAAUUCCAAAAAGAUAAUGAAAAAUUAAGUUAAAAUGAGAACAUCCUUUCUAUGCACCUGGUUCCAGCAGUUUUUGAUGCCAUCAUGGCUCAUGUACCCCACCCCCGAUUUUUAUGUAAAUGCAAGUUGUUUUACUACAUUAGCCCAUUUUUCUUUGAGAAGAAAAAAAGCCCAGGCAACAGCUUAUGACAUCAGAAUGCUGACUGAUUCAAUAGUAUGCUUGCAUAGAGAGUCAUGUCCUUGAAAAAGCAGCAUCUUUGUACUGCAGUUAUAUGCAAGGAAGCAUUUUUAAGUGGCCUGGUUACAUAAACCAAGUAUUUUAAAGGACACCCUGCUUCGCAUGACUGGAACAAUCAAGAUUUCCUAGUACAAAAGAUUGUCCAGCUCCAUAAAGUAGCUAUUUUUUUUAACACGGUUACAUACGCUCACUAAGAAUAUAUCGGUAGUAUACAGUCAGUGCCUCACGUUAUUAGAAAUUCUGCCUCGUGUGUUAGGCCAAUUACAUCAAAGGAUUUCUUUUUUUCCAUUUUAUCCUUAUGGAUUUUAUUUAAAGUUAUUUAAACUGUAUCUCGCAUUACAAUGACCUCAGAUCUGUUGUUGGAUCUGUUCUGUCUGCUCUAUGAGGUGUUUAAUGUUCUAUGAAUGUUCUUGUACCUUAUUUUAAAACCUAUUUUUGUGUAGAUAUUUAAAUAUUAAAUGUAUUUUAUGGAAUAUUAAACUUUUUAUACAUGAAA